CGCCAGCGCGUCCGCCUCGCGCUGAAGGGCGGAAGGAAGGGCACGCGCGUCCGGUCAAUGCCACGUCUCACCGGUCGAGCGUUGAAAGGGAGGCGUGGGGUGAAGAAGAGAGACGACGCCACGAUGGGAAAAGUCCUCGAGAGAGACGAGCCCGCCGGCGUCCGACCCGCGAAGAGAGUCGCACGGGGACCGGUGUCGAGGGCGGGGAUUGAAACCGAGGGAUGGGCGGAUUUAAAAGACGGGCGAAGUCCUUAAGGAACGGCGUUCACCGCGCGAACGCGGUCGUACAAGGAGGGACCAGUGCGCACCUGAAGCUCCAGACGCAGCCGCGCCGCGCGCUCCGCCUUCUUCGCGUCCUCGUACGUCGACUUCUUCACCGCGAUCGCGGCGUCUUUCGCCGCCUGCUCCGAGGGGUACGCGCAGGUGGCAUCGAAUCAGUCGCGAGGGGAGCGAGAUUCGCGGUCGAAUCGUCUUCUUCAUCGGUCGGUCGGUCGACGUGCGGGCUUCGCGGUCGACGCUCGAAACCGGACGCGGGGCGAAGAGAAAGCGGGGAGAACGUCCGAACGUCCGAGGAUCGACGUUCAACGAACGCGCGAACGGGGUCGCGCGGGACGUGGUCCGACGCGAUGCGUCGCGUCAUUCUUAAGAAACGGCGUUCUCCGCGCGAACGCGAUCGUAUGAGGACCAUCGCGAGAUGGAACGCGCCUGCUCCGCGCGCCGGGACUCCGCGCGUUGAAUCGCGUCCUCCGCCCUCUCGCGUUCGCGCGCCUUCAUCGCGGCUUCGCGCGCCAACGCGGCUUCCGCGUCCGCCUUGA